AAGGCCAAUUGAGUAUCAAUUUUAAAUCGUCCAUCGUUAACCACCCACACACAAAAAACCUCUAACAAAAUGUUCAAAUUCAUCGCUGUUUGCUUUUUCGCCAUCGUGGCUGUUGUUGCUGCCAAACCCGGUGUAGUUGCUCCUUUGGCUUAUAGCGCCGCUCCUUUGGCCUACUCUGCUCCUUUGGCUUAUUCGGCUCCUCUGGCUUAUACCGCACCUGCUGCCGCUGUGGUGGGAAGCGCAGCCUAUGUUGCUCCCUAUGCCUCCAGCUACAAUGCCCAUCACAUUGCUCACUCUGCCGCAUUCCCUGCCGCCUAUGCUGCUGCUCCAGUUGUACAUGCUGCUGCCCCCAUUGCAACACCCUUCGCCGCUCCCUUGUUGUUGAAAAAGUAA